CGCUAUUUCGACUGGGGAUAAGCAAGUGUGAUUAAGGAGGAACUGAGGAGUUGUGAAAGAAGAGAAUGCAAUGACGUCGCUGCUAUGCUAAGAGAUGCUCAAUGCGGACUGAUAAACAACACUGAAUCGUUUCUGCUGGGAAUGUUGGAGGCGCGUGCUCUAUUCUCAUUUCGCGGGCAUUCGUAAUAGACGCCGUGCUUCGAUGACCACUUUCCCUUGAAGAUCGCGAUGUUUCUUCCAAUUUUUUCGGUUCUUCUUUCUCUACGUUUAGAGAUGUAUCCAGUCCCUUAAUCUCGUUUUUACUCGAGUCCAAUGGUUGAUGGUUUUCUUCGAUUGAAACACGUCCCAUUUCCAUGCCGUCCUUGGAAUUAUAACGAGACGAUCGUAUCCAUUCUUGUCGUUCACUCGUGUCGCGCAAUAUUUCUAUCCGUAAAAAGUGUUCCACGCCAAAUUGCUGGGUUUCAAGCGUAGUUGGGCAUUCUUCCGGGAUGCUCAUCGCUAAGCUAAAGUUGUCCAAUCCAUACACACACCGCGUCAGUUUCGUCCAAAUUCUUCGCGUCACUCGUUCUGUGUUCGUGCUGUUGCGCAUUCGAAUCUCGGGCACAAUACGUUCCACACUUUCCAGCUGCACGUGUAUUUGUCGGAUAGCUCCGCGCAUUUCAUUAAUUUCUAGCAGCAUCAUCUCGCCGGCUAAAUAUUUCGAUUUAUUGAACAUGACUCGACAUAUAAGCUUCUGUUGAUUGGCAAUCUCAUACCUUGUCGUCAUUCGACUAAGUGUUUCUUCUCUCCUCAGCAAUCCCAACAUUUCUCCUUCUUUAUCGUUCUCUUCUUCCUCUGGUGUAAAUCCCUGCUUGCGAGAACGAUGCUCUCCUGCUGCGUAUGCGGUCCCGUCUGCUUCGAGUAAUGAGAACAAAAACUGAUCAAACUUUUGUUUUCCAUUGUUGUCAUCAUGUUGAUCAUCCAGUGGCCACCGCUCAGCUGUUAAUGCGCCUUCCAUGUUUUUCUCGUUCACUUCUGCGGGCUCCAUAUCAAAGAUGGGUUUAUGCACAUCGGCAAACACGUUUGGACCAGCAAUAGAUAUUUGGCUGAACUUUCCUAGCGGUAAAUCUGGCCUUUGCUUGCUGUUUGGUAGAAAGUUGAUUUCAAAUUCAUAUUCCACACAAGCAUUGUUGUCCGGAAACUGUGCACCGACCACCAAUCUAUGCUGAAAUUGAAAGGCGAUACCUUUGUAAGAAGGAACAGUCUUUAAAGGGAUCCUUCUUCGCAAGUGAAACCAUUGGCUUUCUCCUGGUGCCAAUGACAAAUCCACUCCUAGGAUAUCUGGGCGAGUCAUGUACACGGGCGUCGCAUUUUCUUCUUGUUGUUCUGAUGCUUCUGUCAACGUGCUAGCUUGAUUGAAGCCUAGUAAGCUUCCAAACAUUCCGCUAAGUGCAUUGGAAACCGAAUAACUGGUAGCCGCUUUCGGAAUAUGCACCAAACCGCUCAUAGUUCGCUUAUUGAGUAGUCCUUGACGCUGCACAUCUUCAAAUUCAGAUACACGUACUAAUGUUGGAUCUAGAUACAUUUCUCCAUGUAUGGAUGCAUAACACAGCAGCAGUUGCAAUUGACUCUGUGCUGUUUUGGCAUUGGUAAUCUUUACGAUACAAUCAAACGUCUCGCCUACCUGCACCGCAUCUGAUAAACAUUUAAUCUCCACUUGGCAUUCUGACAUGUUCUUUUUCUCUCACACUGUAUAAUGUCUGCAACCUCACAACCGUAGGUCAAUAUGUAAACAAUGCGUGUUCUAGAAAGUGUUUUAACGGGAAUUAAGCAAAGUGGAAUGAAAAACACUUACUUAGUUUUGCAAAAAAAAAUUUUCAUUCAAUGGCAUUUCUGCCGAUUCUCUAUACUUAGGUUUGCUUUUUCUAGUCGUAAGCGUGAUGGGUGAUUCCAUUGUCAUAGUCAGGUUCUCCUUUUACGAAUUGUUCCUUCCAUAUCCCUAUAUAGGAUUCCAUAGUUGAGUGGAACUUCUUAAAACGUUUACGGAUUUGCAAGCUUCGUAUCCCUAAACCCGGAAAGACUUAGGAAAAGAAGGUAGAACGAAAGUUUGUACAAUUUGUCAACAUUUACGACUCGUAGUAUUUUGUCGUAUUUGUAUCCUCGUCAGAAUGAAUAAUUCUGACAUUCGAAGCUUUUUUGGUGGGGGAAAUAAGCAGAAAAAACAAACCACUACUCCCCAAAGAGAUACUGCAAGUGAAAAAACUUCUCAAAGGAAGAAACGCAUCGUUCUUUCCGACGAUGAAUCUGAAGAUGCUGAUUCUGGUCCCGCUUCCAAUGGUUCCGCGAAGGAAGCUAGCCCAGCAAUUCAAAAAAGACAAAAAGUGAAUGCUACUCCAUCAGCAACGGAGUCUGAAAUUGCGACUGAGGAAAAGAAUAUAGCUCCUGCAGAGAAUUCUGAUCUCCAUGCUAAUGAUAAUGUACUAUCGUCGCCCGUUGUAUCCAUACCGAGAGCUUCUUCACGAGUGGCCAAGGCUUCCUAUCCUAAUUUGGAGUCUUCAGAAGAGGUAAAAAAAGAAGAAAGUGACCCUCCUUCAGCUCCAGCGCCUAAGCGAACCCGUCGCACCCUUCCUCCUAGUGUUUCAGAAACGCCUGAAGUCCCGAAAUCGGCAGCCCCUGCCCCAAAGAAAUCGAAUACAAAAUUGAAAAAUCUUCCCAGAUUUUCCUCAGAGGCUACAAAGGUUUUGGAAUCAGUACCUCUAAUUGAUAUUGAUUCCAUUGGAGUUAUGGCACCUGGCGGUUUUUAUGAUCGUGCUGACACUACACAAGCCCCUGGAUCAAAGUCGGUUCCUAUAGGAAAUGAUAAUUGUCUUUCAGGCUUAAGUUUUGUUAUUACUGGUAUUCUAGAGACUUUGACCCGUCAAGAAGCUACCGAUAUAGUAAAGAAAUAUGGUGGAAAGGUAACCGGUUCCCCUUCGAACAAAACGGAUUUUAUUCUUUUGGGCGAGAAUGCUGGUCCUCGAAAAGUCGAAACGAUAAAGCAGCACAAAAUUCCGGCAAUUAAUGAGGAUGGUCUAUUCUAUUUAUUGAAAAAUCUUCCUCCGUUGGGCGGAUCCGGAGCUGCCGCUCAAGCUGCCCAAGUAAAGCGUGAGCAAGAAGACCUAAAAAUUCGUGAAACUGCUGCUAGGCUUGCUCCAGAGCCCACUUCUCAAAAACUCCAACAUAAUAAUCAGCUAUGGACGACGAAAUAUGCUCCCGCCUCUCUAAAGGACAUAUGUGGUAAUAAAGGUGUUGUGCUUAAGCUUCAGAAAUGGUUACAAGACUGGCCCAAAAACUUGAAAUCUAAUUUUCAUAAGCCUGGUCCUGACGGUUUAGGCUUAUAUAAAGCUGUCUUGUUGUCGGGACCCCCAGGAAUUGGCAAAACUACCGCAGCACAUUUAGUUGCUAAUCUAGAGGGAUUCGAUAUUUUGGAAUUCAACGCUAGUGAUACUCGAAGUAAGCGUCUCUUAGAUGAACAAUUACAAGGCGUAACUGAUAGUCGUUCCUUGGCUGGAUAUUUUUCUUCCUCGUAUGUACCAGUUGACCAAGGCAAGUCACGCUUGGUUCUAAUUAUGGAUGAAAUCGACGGCAUGUCUUCUGGUGAUCGUGGUGGUGUGGGACAACUAAACGUGCUUAUCAAAAAUACAAAAGUUCCCAUUAUCUGUGUAUGUAAUGAUAGAUCGCAUCCAAAACUAAAACCUCUUGAUCGGACGACUUUUGAUUUGCGCUUUCGGCGCCCCGAUGCUAACUCACUGCGUUCAAGGAUUAUGUCGAUAGCUUACCGUGAAGGAUUGAAACUAUCACCGCAAGCAGUGGAUAUGCUUGUCCAGGGGACAUCAUCCGAUAUGCGUCAAAUUGUUAAUUUGCUUUCUACUUGGAGAUUGGGAAGCAAAGAAAUGAAUGUUCAAAAUAGUCAAUCAGCCGUGAAGCAAGCUGAAAAACACAUAGUGAUGAAGCCCUGGGAUAUUUGCAGUCGAUACUUGCAUAGCGGAUUAUUCCAUCCUUCAAGCAAAGCUACGAUUAACGAUAAAUUGGAGUUGUACUUUAAUGAUCAUGAAUUUUCUUAUUUGAUGGUACAAGAAAAUUAUCUCAACACAACCCCCGAUCGAACUCGACAGGAGCCACCCAAAAUGGCAAACUUGAAACAUUUAGAAUUAAUCUCUAAAGCCGCUGACUCUUUUUCCGAUUCUGAUCUUGUUGACAAAAUGAUCCAUGGUCCUCAGCAGCACUGGUCAUUGAUGCCGACACAUGCUUUGUUAUCAUGUGUAAGGCCAGCAUCGUUCGUUGCUGGGUCUGGAUCUAGACAAAUUCGAUUUACUUCUUGGUUAGGAAAUAAUUCUAAAACAAACAAGCUUUACAGAGUACUUCGCGAACUUCAACUUCAUAUGCGUCUGAGGGUGUCUGCGAAUUCUUUGGAAGUCCGACAGCAUUAUGUUCCCCUAUUAUAUGCGUCGUUGCCAAUGCGCCUAGUUAAAGAACAAGGAGAAGCCAUUCCUGAUAUUAUCAAAUUAAUGGAUGACUACUUCUUAAACCGUGAUGAUUUUGAGGCAAUAAUGGAAAUAACCUUACCUGCCGAUGUCGGUGAGCAAUUGAUGAAAGGAGUAUCUACCAGUGUCAAGUCGGCAUUCACGAGAAAAUAUAAUUCUACGACACAUCCAAUUGCUUUCAUUGGUUCGAGCGAUGUACUUCCCACGAAAGGUUCACGCGCUCCAGAAGUACCGGACGUGGAAGAUGCUCUGGAAGCUGAGGAUGAAAUUGUGGAAGCUGAAAGUGAAAAAGAGGAAGACGAUACAGACCUAAGUAAGGAUAAAUUCAUUUCAGUACCUAAAAAGCCGGCAAAGACAGCAAGGAAAACCAAGGCGGAUGCUGGGUCAUCUUCCUCAGCUCCCAGUCGUCGAGGCAGGAAAAAAGCAACGUAAUAUAAAAAUUAAGUCUUUAACGUUAAAAACAAUUAAUGUUCCUACAAAAUUUAUAUCAAUUUAUUAUGACUAUCGUUCCCAUAGAAUUUAUUAUUUCAUUGAACCAAAUAGGAGCAAAAGACUAACUAAAUAUGUAUCUGUGCGCUAUCUGGUGAGGUUCCCUUUUUUACUUCCAUUUUCUUCUUGAUGAGCUUUUGAAUUAUUUUCUGUAUUUUAAAGGAACAUCAUUAAUAAUAAUAUAAAAGAUAAUGCCGU